CAAUAUGUCGUCGGGCCUUCAUCCGCAUCCAAUAAAAAUGGCUCUCCCUUCCUCGUAGCCCGUCUUACGCGUUCUCGUUCGUGCUCUUAAGAUUUCUUCGGUCGAGGCAUGUGGAGGAAACGCUCUUUAUAUCUGUAACCUCAGGAUUUUCAGUAAAUGAAUGGAGACAUCAAGAGGUAUUCAUACAUAUGCUUCAGUCUCUAAAAAUGACCAUGAAGACUAUUUUGUAGAAGACUUUGAAAAUGAUCUCUGGCCUGCUCCUGACAAGACUUGCACUUCAACACCAAGAUGCUCAAAGCAAGUUCCAUGUAAGUUUUCAACUGUCUCCAGAUUGUCAGAUGAAUAUGAUUCAGGUGACGAUCAUGGCCAUUUGGAACAGUCCAGAGCACAAAUUGAUGUGAACUUGAAAAAUGUACUCGGUGGCAUAGUGGCUAUUCUCACUGGCAGGAACAAAGAAAGCAAUGGCAUUCAACCGCUACAAAGUCCUACCUCAAGUUCAUUAUUUUUGGGCUCUGAAGACAGUGGAGGCGGUUUCCUUCAUCCAUCUGUCUACAUACCAAGUGCACCACCAUUUCUUGAGGCAGAAGCUAUCAACUAUAAUGCUUAUCGGGCAGUUCUGGAAGCAGAUCCUCCAGAAUGGCUGCCAGAUAGUUGCACUGCUGCUUGUAUGCAGUGUGCUUCACCUUUCACAGCCCUUACUCGUGGAAGACAUCACUGUCGAUUCUGUGGGGGUAUCUUUUGUAGAGCAUGCUCGAAAGGAAGAUGCUUGUUACCAGUCAAGUUUCGAGAGCGGGAUCCUCAAAGGGUGUGUGAUGCAUGUUAUGAUAAGCUUGAUCCUUUGCAGGGAUUAUUGAUCAACUCAAUUAGCAAUGCUAUGCAAUCAGCAAAGCAUGAUGUUAUGGACUGGACAUGUUCUAGAGGGUGGUUAAACCUUCCUGUGGGCUUAUCAAUGGAACACGAGAUAUACAAGGCAGCGAAUACUUUGAAGAGUUAUAGCCAGGUUGCCAGAUUAAAUCCUGAAAGAUCUAUUCCUUUGGCAGUCUUGAGGGGAGCAAAAGGGCUUGCUAUUCUGACAGUUGCCAAAGUUGGUGCAUUUCUAACUUACAAACUAGGUACAGGCUUGGUUGUUGCAAAAAGGUCAGAUGGAUCAUGGUCUGCACCAUCAUCCAUACUCUCUGUUGGUCUAGGAUGGGGAGCACAGAUUGGAGGAGAGCUGAUGGACUACAUCAUAGUGCUUCAUGGUUCUAAAGCAGUGAAGACAUUCUGCAGCCGUAUGCAUUUCUCCCUUGGGGCAGGACUGAGUGCUGCAGCAGGACCUGUUGGAAGAGUCUUAGAAGCAGAUCUUCGAGCUGGAGAAAAAGGAUCAGGAAUGUGUUAUACUUACAGCUGUAGCAAAGGUGCUUUUGUCGGAGUGUCGCUUGAAGGAAACCUAGUUGUGACCCGUCAGGAUGCUAAUACACGCUUCUAUGGUGAUCCUUAUCUGACUACUACUGACAUACUUGUGGGGACUGUAGAGCAACCGAAAGCCGCUCUGCCUUUGUAUGCUGCUCUGGAUGACCUUUGUUCGACGUUACAAUGUUAACAUUUUGUGCAAUUUGUUGUGCACACACAUCAUCUCUAUCAGACAUUUGAAACCCUAAUGAACACUUGGUCAUCAAGGAUGAUGCAUAGGACGAUAAAUACUGGCCAGAUAUAGUUGGUACGGUUUUGGGUUUUGCACUGUAAUGUCAUCAAUACAUGGUAUGCUGUAUAUAUCUUCCAUAAAUUGCAAUUCAAAUACGUUGUACA